AUGUGGUGGUCUAAAUCGUCGCCCGCUCCCUCUGCUAACCCAAAGCCUUCAUCCCUACGAACAAACGAGUUCCUCUUCAGCAGAGACUCCUGGCGAUGGCCGGAUCCCCCACCUGACGUAAACGCACAGAGCACUGCUUUUGCGCCGCAGGAUGACGAAGAGAAUGGCAGUUACAAUCUCUCGAAUACGAAUAAAACAGAACGGACGAAGCGAGAAACUAUUUGCGGUAUUAGGAGAAAGGUCUUUUUCCUCAUCAUUAUCGGUGGCGCGUUGGUGGCUAUUGCCGCCGUUGCGAUAGGAAUCGGUGCCGGCAUUGCGUUUAGCAAGAAGAGGAAGACGAGUGCUUGGGCGCGAGCUGGGAAGCCCGGCGAUUCGGACGCGGAUGGCGACGAGGGCGGCAAAUGCAUCUUGAAGGGUCACAUUGGGGAGAGCGAAAGCGACGGCGACGGCAUCUUCGCGCUUAGGGUCGAUAACCCAAACAAGAUAUGA